GUACUUAUCGAUCCCAUCAAGUGGUCGUGAUUCUUGGAAGAAAAAAUCCGUUUCAUCGUGAUCCUUCGAAGGUACUUACGAUCCCAUCAAGUGGUCGCGAUUCUUGGAAGAAAGCUAUCCGUUCUUAUCGAUUCCAUCGUACUUAUCGAUCCCAUCAAGUGGUCGUGAUUCUUGGAAGAAAAUCAUCCAUUCUUAUCGAUCCCAUUGCAAAUGGUCGUGAUUCUUGGAAGAAACUUUCCGUUCUUAUCGAUCCCAUCAAAUGGUCGUGA